UACUUUCUCUCUCUAUACAAGCAUCUCAAAAGGGUCGAGGAAACGACUCUUCUUACUCUCACUCUCUCCAUCUUACGUGACGUGAAGGGUCCGAACGACUUUCCAGUCUUCCUUCCUGACUGCCUCAUCAACCCUCUCUGUCAACCCCACCGCCCUCCAACUAUCCUCGUCCUGCCAGCUCAGCGUCAACCUCGAGAUGAGUUCCCGUAUCUCACGAAGUCGUAAGCAGGCCAAGAAGGCUCUGCAUAUGACUAUCAUGGUCGUAGGCGCUUCCGGUACAGGACGUACCACUUUUGUGAACACACUCGUCGAACAACCCAUCUUGACUCAUCGCUCUCAGUCUCUUCUUACCGACCCGGAGAACCCACAUUCACCACUGGAUCCAAACCUAGUCCAGCAAGCCGCCCACCGGGCGCACGAAGACAACGGGAUCCGCAUCACGCCCCAUAAUGUGGAGCUGGAAGAAGAUGGGACCAGGAUUGCCUUGACCAUUGUCGAUACUCCUGGCUUUGGUGAUGGCUUGGACAAUGAUCACUGCUUUUCUGAAAUCUCAUCCUACCUCGAGAGGCAAUACGAUGACAUCCUCGCUGAAGAAUCGCGGAUCAAACGUAACCCAAGAUUCAGGGACAAUCGUGUACACGCUUUGUUGUACUUUAUCGCACCCACCGGACACUCGCUGCGCGAGUUGGACAUUGAACUUAUGCGUCGUUUGUCUCCCCGGGUCAAUGUGAUACCUGUUGUUGGCAAGGCAGAUUCUCUCACUCCCACUGAGUUGAGGAAAUUCAAGAAGAGAAUCAUGGAGGAUAUCGAUUACUACGGUAUCCCAGUUUACAACUUCCCUUACGAUCUGGAAGAAGAUGACGAGGAUACUAUCGCCGACAACUCUGAGCUCCGAGCAUUGAUGCCGUUUGCCAUUGUGGGAUCUGAAGAAGAAAUUAUCAUCAACGGCGAGCCAAUCCGAGGCAGGCGAUACCCUUGGGGUGUUGUAGAAGUGGAUAAUCCUCAACACUCUGAUUUCUCUCGUCUUCGAAGCGCUCUUCUCCAAUCACAUUUGACAGACUUGAAGGAAAUCACCCACGACUUCCUGUACGAGAACUACCGUACCGAGAAACUUUCUCGAUCAGUCACCAACGGCGAUCCCGACUCGUCCAUGCUUCCAGAAGACAUGGCCAACCAGUCUGUGAGACUCAAGGAGGAACAGCUCCGUCGCGAAGAAGAGAAAUUGCGCGAGAUCGAACUCAAGGUCCAGAGGGAGAUCCAGCUCAAGCGACAAGAGUUGUUGGCUAAGGAAGACAGUCUCAAGGUCCUGGAAGCGCGGCUGGCCGCUCAAUCUCCCAAUACUUCGAGAGACGGUCUCAUGUGACCUGCUCGUAUAUACGAGUCGUAGUUGAAACAAAACCUUUUUUCAUGUCCAUAAUGCCCUAAUAAAUGCCUUGACGAUUGAAACCUUUUUUGCCUUCUCUUCUUUCUCUCUUCCUAAAUUCCUAGGUACCAUCCUUAUUCACGUCCUCCUUCCGUGUCAUGACACGGGUUCAAUCCUAUUUCAUACUCGGUACUCAGUCUUUCGUGUUCAUCGAUAUCCCUAUUCUGUGCACAGUAACUUGCUAUACCAGAUGCAUGGACGUGAUCUCUCU